AUGGCUGACAUGCAGCCACAAUCACAAAAUCCUCCAGCACGAAAAUCUGUUACGAUAAACCUUAAGCCGGAGAUAAAUUCCGUGCCAGUGAAUUCCACGACUAGUAGGCUACCCCCAGAACUGAAUCCUGGCCCCCCCACGGUAGAGACUGAACCAGCUAAUCAAAAUAAGUUCCUUUCCAUUAAUUCAAAUCUUUCUCAAGGCAUUUCAUUUAAUCAGAUUGAUUUAAAUGGCCAAAUGAACCAGUACAACAACAGUGGACAAGGUAGUAUCCAAACAUCCCAAAUACCUGGAAAUGUGCAGGCAGCAUUGAGUGGAUUUUAUCCAAGUCAUGAUGUUCCUCCUGUUGAACCUCCUAUCCCGGAGCACUUCAAUAGCACACAACCCUCCACUCAGUUUUUACGGAAUUCCAAUCAUUUUUGCAAUCAACCAACUCCCCAGAUGUCUCAACAGCCACUGUCCGUUGACGCGCAGCCCUACAUGCUACCAAAGGCGCUACAGGAGCUUUCCGAUGAAAAGGUCGUGGAACAGUUGGCAGAGAUGGAAGCGACCUCGGAGACGAUGCUGGAUACCAGCCUGGCAGGCACUGAACCUGCAGGAGAUUCCCAGACUCAGAAACCUUUGGACUCCUCCAAUCACAUAAAGAUGCUUAAGACAAAGCAGACAGUGAUGGAAUGUGUAAUGAGAAAGCUUUUGCGUUCUAUGAAACAGAUUCAAGACCUGGAUCCAGAGAGGCGGAAUAAGACGGAGGUAGAAGCAGAGCAUCGACUCAAAAUGGCUCGCAUGAUGCAGCUAUUGAUGCUACAGAGGAAGAACCUUCAACAACAGGUUGAUGCACUAACACAGAGUCACAGUAGUCUUUUGCAGAAACACCAGUGUUUGAAGACCUACUCCGAGGGCUGUGUUUCAGAGAACCUGGAAUUGAACAAGAAGUGCCGAAAACUUCAAACCGAGCGUGACAGCAAGGAGGCGCAAAUCAAGGCCUUGAUGCAACUGAGCUGCAAAUUGCAGAAGAAACUUGAGGGCCAUGCACACACGGAGUUGGCAUUGGAAAAUACAACUCUUGAGGUGAAGCGACUUGUCUGUGACAACGAAAAUCUCAAAGCAGCUAAUCAGCAGCUGGAAACUUCCUACAAUGAAAACGUCAAGGAGCGUGAAGGCUUAACUCUCCAAAAUAAUCAACUAAAAAUGGAUUUGGAUAGAAUCCGAACAGAACUGGCCAAUCAGCGGGUUCGAACAGAAAAGGUCUCCGCGGAGAAUUCAAGUCUACGAAACCAACUGAGUAUAGCAGAAGCAGGAAGUAAAACUGCAGCAAAAAAGAGUGUUGAGUAUGGUCAGUUAAAAGAGGCCUAUGAGAAUCUGCAAUUUGAUCACCAACGUCUACAGAUGCUUUACAUCUCGGAGACUGAAACUCGGCGUGAAUUGCAUAACCAACUGCAGGAGGUGAACGGGAACAUCCGAGUAAUCAGUCGUUUUAGACCAUCUGAAGAAUGUGACGAGGAUGUGGAGUCUCCCUUUGAAUUCUGUGCAAUGGAUAAGAUUUUCGUCUGUGGGAAAUCCAUCCCCAUUUCUGUGGCCUAUCAGCGCCAACUCGGUUACAAUCAGCCACAGGCAUAUACAGCUCGAGAUGAGUUCUUUGCAUUCAAUCGAGUCUUUCAGGAGAAUGCUAAUCAAGCAGACAUCUUUGAAGAGAUCCAGCCAAUUGUUGGAUCCUUCCAAUUACUUUUGCCAUUUGAAAGUAGUAGUCCUGCUGAUUACCGGAAGCAAAUUUAUCUAUUUACUCCAAAGUAUGUUCGACUAAUUUGGUUAAAAAUGGUACCGAAAUUAAAAAUCACACAAAUUUACAGCCUCACUGAUUGGCCAGCACUGCACUUUAAAAAGGAUUUAAGGGUGUUCAGGGCUAGUACCAUGUCAGCAGUGACGCACAAUAGGGCAUUAUUGAAAGAGGAGGCCCCUCCUCAACGUGAUGCAUAUUUGUGGAGGAUGAUGAGAAGCAAUGAGAACGGAAACGGAAACGCUGGUAGAUUGACCCAUUUCGUGUGGAUUUCAUCAGUUACAUCAAGUGUUUGCCAAAUCAUCGGUCAAAUACUAAGCUCUCUAACGUUGAUGGCCUUAGAAAUAAAGUCAAAUUUUUCUCUAAGUAAAGUUGCUGCAAAAGAAGCCGCAGGAUUUUGGCCUUUGCUUUUUAAAAAUAAAAGAGGGAGAAAAGUUACCUCUGUAUUCAGGAAAACAGGUCUUCAGCGGAAGGGUAGCCAAUUUUUGUUGAAAGAGAUCAAAUUUAUUGAGGAUGAGGAAGACUGUGGUGCAUUUGGUGAACCAGUUGCCGUUGCAGAUGGCUGCAAAGAUAUAGCGGUUUCACUAGAAAGUCUACAAGCACUAAUUAAAUAUUUGCUCGUUUAUCCUGUAAACAAGUCCAAUGAAAGUUUUUCAUUGCAUUAA